AUGGCGAGUCUCAAAGCCUGUUUGUGUUCCAAUUUCUUAACAAAUCCAAACCCCAAAACUAUUUCCUUCAAUUCAGCAUCUCCAUCAAAACCCAUAAUUUCUUCUCUUUCCCUCCCCACCCCUCGUGCUCCACAGGGACCUCAAAUUCAAAAUCUUUUGUCUUCUUUGUGUGAAUCAAUCUCUAGAGCGAGUAUUCUUACUGUUCUUUCUGCUUCAAUUGUCUUUGCUUCAAAUCCUGCUCUUGCAUUUAAGGGUGGAGGACCAUACGGUGCAGAAGUGACCAGGGGACAAGAUCUUACAGGUAAAGAUUUUAGUGGCAAGGCUUUGAUCAAGCAAGAUUUCAAAACGUCAAUACUGAGGCAAGCCAAUUUCAAAGGGGCUAAGCUAUUAGGAGCCAGCUUCUUUGAUGCUGAUUUAACAGGGGUAGAUCUUUCUGAUGCUGAUCUUAGAGGAGUAGAUUUCUCCCUGGCCAACGUAACGAAGGUACUAAAAUUCCCAUUGAUUUCAUAA